GGACGGACGCCCCCGCACACGCAGACGCACAGAGCUCGGCGCGGCCCCCGUUGCACACACACUGGCACAGACACACACAGGGACACGCGCAGACACACGCACACUCGCGCGCGCACAGCCUCCCGCCAGCCCGCCCGCCCGCUCGCCGGCGCCCGGAGCCCGGAGCCCGCUCUGGCCGGAGUGAGAGAAGGAACCACGCCGCUGAUGACUCCAAGGGAGGGGCCCUGGACAUGUGCUGCAGUGAGAGGCCGCCGGGUCUCCCCCAGCCGGUAGUGAUGGAGGCGCGGGACGAGGCCGAAGGGCUCCCAGACUCGCACAGAGAGAUGCCACCGCCCCCUCCUCCCUCGCUGCCCUCAGAGCCAGCUCAGAAGCCACCACCUCGAGGCUCCGGGAGCCACUCCCUCACUGUCAGGAGCAGCCUGUGCCUGUUUGCAGCCUCCCAGCUCCUGCUUGCCUGCGGGGUGCUCUGGUUCAGCGGCUAUGGCCACAUCUGGUCGCAGAAUGCCACAGACCUCAUCGCCUCCUUGCUGACGCUUCUGAAACAGCUGGGACCCGCGGCCUGGCUGGGCGCUGGGACCUGGGGAGUCCCCAGUCUGCUGCUGGUCUCUCUGUCUGUGGGCCUGGUCCUCGGCACCACCCUGGUGUGGCACCUCCUGAGGACCACCCCCGAGCCAGCCGCGCCGCUGCCCCCUGAGGACAGGCGCCAGUCAGUGACCCGCCAGCCCUCCUUCACCUACUCGGAGUGGAUGGAGGAGAAGGUCGAGGAUGACUUCUUGGACCUGGAUCCAGUGCCUGAGACGCCUGUGUUUGACUGCGUGAUGGACAUCAAGCCUGAGGCUGACCCCGCCUCGCUGACCGUCAAGUCCAUGGGUCUGCAGGAGAGGAGGGGCUCCAACGUCUCCCUGACCCUGGACAUGUGCACUCCGGGCUGCAACGAGGAGGGCUUUGGCUAUCUCAUGUCUCCACGUGAGGAGUCAGCCCGCGAAUACCUGCUCAGCGCCUCCCGCGUCCUCCAAGCCGAGGAGCUUCACGAAAAGGCCCUGGACCCUUUCCUGCUUCAGGCAGAAUUCUUUGAAAUCCCCAUGAACUUUGUGGAUCCAAAAGAGUACGACAUCCCUGGGCUGGUGCGGAAGAACCGGUACAAAACCAUACUUCCCAACCCUCACAGCAGAGUGUGUCUGAUCUCACCAGACCCUGACGACCCUCUGAGUUCCUACAUCAACGCCAACUACAUCCGGGGCUACGGUGGGGAGGAGAAGGUGUACAUCGCCACCCAGGGACCCAUCGUCAGCACGGUGGCCGACUUCUGGCGCAUGGUGUGGCAGGAGCACACGCCCAUCAUCGUCAUGAUCACCAACAUCGAGGAGAUGAAUGAGAAAUGCACCGAGUACUGGCCAGAGGAGCAGGUGGUGUACGACGGUGUUGAGAUCACCGUGCAGAAAGUCAUUCACACUGAGGAUUACCGGCUGCGACUCAUCUCUCUCAAGAGUGGGACUGAAGAGCGAGGCCUGAAGCAUUACUGGUUCACAUCCUGGCCUGACCAGAAGACCCCAGACCGGGCCCCCCCACUCCUGCACCUGGUGCGGGAGGUGGAGGAGGCAGCCCAGCAGGAGGGGCCCCACUGUGCCCCCAUCGUCGUCCACUGCAGUGCAGGGAUUGGGAGGACCGGCUGCUUCAUUGCCACCAGCAUCUGCUGCCAGCAGCUGCGGCAUGAGGGCGUGGUGGACAUCCUGAAGACCACGUGCCAGCUCCGUCAGGACAGGGGUGGCAUGAUCCAGACAUGCGAGCAGUACCAGUUUGUGCACCACGUCAUGAGCCUCUACGAGAAGCAGCUGUCCCACCAGUCCCCAGAGUGACCAAGUGCCCCCUCUGAGGUCCUCUGGGCACUGCCCAGCCUAAGUUGGGCGCUCACCCUGGCCUCCCAGGGCCCUACCUCAGGUCCUGGGCCUGCUCCCUGCCCUCACCCCCUCCUGCUUCCUUCCCUCCUGUCUGCUCCCGCCUCCUGUAUUAGCCUGGGCCUGGCCCCUGCCCUCCAGCAUAGCUCUUCCUACUGUACAUACUGGGGAGUGGGGGGAGGGGGAGGGACGUGCCAGGCCAGGCCUGGGGCCCCAGGGCCUGACCUAUACCACACAGACCUGGGGCCUCAGUUUUUAAUGACGGUUCCAUCGCUACUUGAUCCAAAACAUUUCCGUGCCGCACUCCAGGCGUCUUGCUGCAGCGUGUUGUCUGUCCAUCAUCUCUGCUGUCUGUACCGGACACUGUGUCUCCUCGGCCCGGGAAAGGGGUAAUGAGCUCCAGCUCCCGAGCAGCCAGGCAGAGGUGCCUGCCUCAGGCCCCCACCCCCACUUCUCCCGACAGGCAGAGUGCAUUUGGCCCCCAGUUAUUGGGACCAGGAACGGGUGGGUGCUGAGGACCUGGAGGUCAGGCAUGGGGAGCUCCUGAGGGCUUGGCAGAGAAAUCUCAGCUGGGGGAGUGGUCUCUGGGUUGGG